UAUCUCCUCCCCACAAAGCACCCCACUGGCUUAUGAGCUUCUUUGACCGUGACGCGGGCAUGGCAGUGACCCCUGACGGCCUGCGGUGCCAGUCACGCGACCCCAAGGCCUGGCAGGGCGUCCGGUGCACCAAGGGGGUCGUGGGCAAGGGCAAGUACUACUACGAGGCCACUGUGUCCGACGAGGGGCUGUGCCGCGUGGGAUGGGCUACACCCCAGGCUGCCCUAGACUUGGGCACGUGCAAGGCAGGGUUUGGCUUUGGUGGAACAGGCAAGAAGUCCAACUGCCGACAGUUCGACGACUUCGGAGAACCCUUUGGUUUGAAAGACGUGAUCGGCUGCUAUUUGGACCUCGAUGCCAUGGAGAUUCGCUACAGUAAGAAUGGGACGGACCUGGGCAAGGCCUUCACCCUGCGUAGCGAGUUCAAGAACGCCACCUUCCUCCCGGCUGUUGUGCUCAAGAAUGCAGAGAUGUCCUUCAACUUUGGGGCAACAGAAUUCAAGUUUCCUCCUAAGGGGGGCUUUAUGGCCAUCUGUCAGGCUCCUAAGGACUGCACAGUAACCUCGGGUGUCAGGGGCGGAGACAAGCCGCAGAAGGUUGAGAACAACGCCCCACAAGCCAUCAUUAUUGAGCCCUCUCGGGAGCUAGCUGAGCAGACCUUGACGCAACUCAAAAUGUUCCACAAACACUUGGACAAUCCUGUAGUACGUGACUUGCUGGUGGUAGGUGGCAUUCCAGUGAAGGACCAGAUUGCAGCUCUCAACUCAGGGAUCGACAUUGUGUGUGGCACUCCUGGUCGCUUGGAGGACCUCAUCAACACAGGGCAGCUCUCACUACAGUCGUGCAAGUUUUUUGUACUUGAUGAAGCAGAUGGUCUACUGAAACAGGGACAUGAACGCCUCGUUAAUAACAUCCACAGUGCCAUCCCUAAGAUCACAUCUGAUGGCAAGAGGCUCCAGAUGAUUGUCUGUUCUGCUACACUGCAUUCCUUUGAGGUCAAGCGCAUGGCUGAACGCCUGAUGCACUUCCCAACAUGGGUUGACCUUAAGGGAGAAGAUGCUGUUCCUGAGACUGUCCACCACGUUGUUGUUACGGUUGACCCGCGUGCCGACACCAACUGGACCACCUUGCGACGCCACAUCCCCACGGACGGAGUGCACCAAAAGGACAAUGUGAGGCCAGGAAACAAUACACCAGAAACCCUGAGUGAAGCCGUGAAGAUGCUGAAGGGAGAAUACUGUCUCAAAGCCAUCGACACCCACAAGAUGGACAAGGCUCUGAUCUUCUGCCGCACAAAGCUUGACUGUGAUAACCUAGAGCGCUAUUUCAAUCAGAUUGGUGGAGGACCCAAGAAUCCUGCCAAUCCCUACUCCUGUGUUUGCCUCCAUGGUGAUCGUAAGCCCAACGAACGCAAAGCCAAUCUUGAAACCUUCAAGAACGGGAGAGUCAGGUUCCUCAUCUGCACCGACGUUGCUGCCCGUGGAAUUGAUGUUAGUGGCCUGCCCUUCAUUAUCAAUGUGACUCUGCCGGAUGAGAAGAGCAACUACGUACAUCGCAUUGGCCGUGUGGGCCGAGCAGAGAGAAUGGGUCUGGCUAUCUCCAUUGUUGCAGCUGUGCCAGAGAAAGUAUGGUACCAUGGUGAAUGGUGUCCAACGAGAGGACGUAACUGUUACAACACUCGCUUGACGACAGAAAAAGGCUGUUGUACGUGGUAUAAUGAACCCCAGUCCAUCAAAAAUACUCAUUGGGAUUUAUGUACAGGUUCAAACUACCAGACACACGUGGAACAGCUCGCACCCGCCGUGAAGGAGCUGGCGGAACUGGAGCGACAAACGCAGACCAUCUACCUGAAACGUCAGUACGGAAAGGAGUAUCCCUGGACUCGAUAA